GGCUUCCCUGUGGGGCGGCAGCCAGAGCGGCGCAGAGGUCUCGGUUGGGAGGAGCUGUGGCGCGUUCCUCGCGCGGAGAACUACCAGCCGAUGUUACCCCAUUGGAAUCCCGACUCCAGCCCGGGAGCAAUCGCGUAGCUCGAUCACCCAGGAAGGGAAAUUGUAAGCAGAAAAGAAGAACACGUUCAGCUUGGGACACCAUUUGCAGCUGGAAAUGGGGAAUGGACUGUCAGACCAGACUUCCAUCCUGUCCAGCCUGCCAUCCUUUCAAUCCUUUCACAUUGUUAUUCUGGGUUUGGACUGCGCUGGAAAGACAACAGUUUUAUACAGGCUGCAGUUCAACGAAUUUGUAAAUACCGUACCUACCAAAGGAUUUAACACUGAGAAAAUUAAGGUAACCUUGGGCAAUUCCAAAACAGUCACUUUUCACUUCUGGGAUGUAGGUGGUCAAGAGAAAUUAAGACCACUGUGGAAGUCAUAUACCCGAUGCACAGACGGCAUUGUGUUUGUGGUGGACUCUGUCGACGUUGAGAGGAUGGAAGAAGCCAAAACUGAACUUCAUAAAAUAACUAGGAUAUCAGAAAAUCAGGGGGUCCCUGUGCUUAUAGUCGCUAACAAACAAGACCUGAGGAACUCGCUCUCUCUCUCAGAGAUUGAGAAGUUGUUAGCAACGGGGGAACUGAGCUCGUCCACGCCUUGGCAUUUGCAGCCCACCUGUGCAAUCAUAGGCGAUGGGCUAAAGGAAGGACUUGAGAAACUACAUGAUAUGAUAAUUAAAAGGAGAAAAAUGUUGCGGCAACAGAAAAAGAAGAGAUGAAUGGCAGUACCUUUUAUGUUGGUGUGGAAUAGGUUUUCCUUGGUCUGAUUUCUGACAAGCUGAAUGAAGAGUGUCUACAGCCUGGUUUGCCUGUCUGCCCUCAUGGAUGCUGUUAAAGCUUUGUUUGUUGAACAGUCAGAUACCCAACUCUGUUGCCUUGUGGAAGAUGAGUAAAUGCAAUGCUUCUUAAAGUGGUCUCUUCUCCCUGACCCACAAAUCUUUUGGUACUACCGCAUUUUGGGGAGCCAAAAAAAAAAAAAAAAAAAAAAGCUGGUAAUUGACCAGAAAACAAUUUUGUUGAAAUUUGACCUGAAGUUAGUGAAAUAAAACUUUGAAGAGUGUAUGCCUAGUGUUUUGUGCUUGUAUCUUUUGGUGGGGAAGCCUUUGCCAAGAAAUUGCAAACAAGGCUUUGUAAACACAAAAUGCUAAUGAUUGGAAAUGUUAAGGUAGAUUAGUGUGUACACAUGUACACACAGUUAAGUUGAACAUGAUGGAAUAAGAAGAAAGUAUUAUUAUUUUUGGAGAUUUUGACCAGGUGGUUUUUAACAUUAUUCUGGAAACAAUUUAAUGCUAUCUCUUUAAUUCUAGAAAAUGUUUAGUUGGUCUAGCAUUAAUUAAAAUAUUUGGGGUAUAUUCAAAUGCAUGGGUUAGUUUUCCUGACAAGCAUGUUUUGGUGUAUAGUCUUUAGAAAUAGCUAUGCAUCUGUUUACACAGGUUUAAAACAACUUUUGGGUCUUGGAGCUAUUGUAGAAAUAGUUCAUUGUCAGAAGCGCUCUGUUACUUGAACCUAAAAACAUGACUGAUGUAAAUAUGGGUAUGUUGACUAAAAACAUAUGCUUGAAGACAUGAAUGGAUUUAUAGAGAAAGUGGUGGUGAAUUCAGUUAGAGGGAGUUACUGUAAUACAUAGUCUCUAAAUAAUCUAGUUAAAAGAUACUUGUUUUCUUACUAUUUACUGGAUGGAGACGGAUUUUUUUUUUCAUAUAUUUUUGUAGCAUUUUGGGAGAAAUGAAAGCUUUAUAAUCACCUUAUGCGCUGUGGAAUGAAAAUGUAAGGUACCUUUCCAUCUGUGCUCUGAGCUUUAAUUUUUUGUUAAUCGGUUGAACAGUAUUCUCAGAACCUAGCUCUGGUUGUAGGAAGAAAUGGUACAGUAGUGCAGAUAGGAAUCAGGAUCCUGGAAAAUGAACCAGAGAAAUAGCCAAGCCAUUUUAAGACAAUUAACUGGUGCUGUUUCUACUGUAAUAAAUACAAAAUGAAAUUACAAGGAGGGGAGAGCUUUAAUUUUUCUCCCCAGGAAGACUUGCAGUAAUCACAUAUAGCAAAUCAGUGUUUUUCCUAUGUUUGGAGCCAACAGCUGUUUGUUCUGAAAUCACCAAAGGAAGUGUACUUUGCUAAUAGGACUCAGUUUGGUUUUUGAGCUUUUACAUUUUUUUUUUUCUUCAGCGACACAGGUGAAUUUUUGGAACUUUGAUUCUUGUUACAAGAUGAAGUAGCAGCCAGUGGUGCUUCCAUGUCAAAUGUACCUGCUCUAGGAACGGUCACCUAGAGUAUUGAUAUUUAUAGAGCUCUGGAGAAUAGUUAUCGAUAAACAACUGGAGGCAUUAGGAUAGCAGUCUCACUUUGAGUUUAUGUGUCUUCCCACUUCUGCAGCUUUUAAUUAGAUGUGUAAGAAGAACUUUUUGUCAGCUGGGAUAUUUAGUUUUAUACUAGCUUGGAUUUUCUCUGGUGAGGUUUCCACAGAAGGCUGUUUUCUGGGAGUCCCCCUUCCCUCCCCACACCCCUUUUACUUACACUGAAUUCAGUACCCUCUCCCAAAUCCCUAAGUCCAGAGAUAAUAAAACUUGUCUUCCCCAAUUCUAAGUCAGUUUUCACUCUGCCUUUAAUCCCAACACUUUGGAGGCAGAUCUCUGAGUUCAAGGACAGCCAGGGAUACAUAAAGAGUCCCUGUCUCAAAACAAAGUUUGUGCUAACUAGCUCUUGACCCUUGUUUUGUACCUUAGAAUUGGACCAGCGAGUCCAUGUUAUCCUUAUUUAUAGAACAGCAAAAUGGCCGUUGCAUAACAUUGUAUUUAUAUGAGCCAUUUCAAAAUUUCUAUCACCUAUUAAUUAGAGCUAUUAAUCACAUAAGCUAAUGAAUCUAUGUAGGUUUUUAAUUUUAAGUUAAAAGUACCAUUUUUCAAAGUAUAUUUGUCUUUUUAAAGUGUCAUGGAUCAGACUCUGGGCCCCAUGUGUGUUAAGCAAUCAUCAAUGAACUACAUCUCCAGCAUCUAAAGUAUAUUUCUAAAAUAGUUAACUGUAUUGUAAAUGAGUUGGUUUAUACAAAGAACUAAUUGGAUUAAACAUUUUAAAUUCAAAUUACUACUGUGGAGCAAAGUUUUAAAAUAUCCUUUGAUAUUUAAAGGGUCAUAUAUCCAAGCUUAUGCUGAAAUAGAUUAUAAAUGUUAUGGUUUAUAGAUUCAUUAAUAAUCAUAAAGUCCUUAGAGGAAGCCUAAAACUGCAGUGUUAGGAUGUGCAGAUGGACGUCAAUGACUAGUCUGUAGGUACCUGGACGAUGGCUUAAGGACAAGAGUAAAGGGCACGCAAUGUAGAAGGUUUUGGUAGGAGCUGGGAUUAUGGGUACGAUGGGUGCUUGCCUGUCAGGUACAAGGCUCUGGUUUGAGUCCUAGCACUGCAAAUGAAAAUAAACCACUUACCAGAAUGGCUUGUUUAGAAGAGUUUAAUUGUUUAUAGUGGCCAUGAGAGAAAUCUAGUAUAGUAUUUCAGUGUUCUAUUUAAUGUAAUGGUUUUAUCAUAUAAACAAUGAUUUUAGCGGUAACAAAACACAAAAAUGUUUCUUCAAAAUAAAUUAAUGCAACUUGGA